CUGAGUCAGGCAGAGGAGAGAAAGCAGGCAGAGCAGCAGAGACAGGAUCUGAUUGCAGAAAUGGGCCCAGAUUCCUCUGAGACCAAAAGGACUCUGUUGGACACCAGAGAGAGGCUGCUGGGUGACCAGAUGAUGCCAGCAAGACCUCCUCUUCCAUCUAUUCCUGGUGGGGAAGGAGAAGCAACGGCUGUGGAAGCAGCUCAGGGUCCAGUGUGCUUUGAAGAUGUUGCUAUUCAUUUCACAGAUGAGGAGUGGGCGUUGCUGGAUCCUGACCAGAGAGCUCUGCAUAAGGAAGUCAUGGAGGAGAAUCGCAGGAUCGUGGCCUCUCUCAGUGGUGAUAAAUUGGGAAGUAAGAACAAAGGAGACCAGGACAAAAUCCACACAGUGGAGAAGCCAUAUAAAUAUUUGGAGUGUGGAGAGCGUUUCAGACAGAGAUUGCAUUCCACUUUCCAUCAAAUAAAUCCCAUUAGGAAGAAACCAUAUCAAUGUUCAGAAUGUGGAAAGAACUUCAAGUGGAAAGAUAGUCUCAUUUCCCAUCAAAGAAUUCACAGUGGGGAGAAACUAUAUCAGUGCUUGGAAUGUGGAAAGAACUUCAUUCGCAUCUCCCAUCUCAUUGCCCAUCAAAGAACUCACAGUGGGGAGAAACCCUACCAGUGCUUGCAAUGUGGAAAGAGUUUCAGCCAAAGGGCCAAUCUAACUUGCCAUGAGAGAAUUCAUACAGGGGAGAAACCCUACCAGUGCUUGGAAUGUGGAAGGAGCUUCAAUCAGAGAGCCAAUCUCACUUCCCAUCAAAGAAUGCAUGAGAAGAAAAUAUAUCAGUGCUUGAAAUGUGGAAAGAGCUUUAACAGAAGCCAAGCCUUCCAUCAACACCAGAGAAUUCACCAUGGAGAGGAACACCAUCAAUGCCAAGAGUGUGGAAAGAGCUUCAGUCGGAAGGAAAGCUUCAUGGCUCAUAAAAGAAUUCAUUCAGUGGAGAAGCCAUAUCAGUGCUUGGAAUGUAGAAAGCGAUUCAGUGAGAAUGUCCAUCUUACAGAUCAUCAGAUGAUUCAUAAAGGGGAGAAACCAUAUCAGUGCUCAGAAUGUACACGGAGCUUCAGAAAGAGCUCUAAUCUCAAGGCCCACCAAAGAAUUCACAGUGAGAAACCAUACCAGUGCUUGGAAUGUGGAAAGGGGUACAGUAAGAGGGCAAGUCUCACUUCCCAUCAAAGAAUCCAUACUGGGGAGAAACCACACGGGUCCUUGGAAUGUGGAAAGAGCUUCAGUCACAACGCCCAUCUCAUGGGCCAUCAAACAACUCACAGCAGGGGGGAACCAUAG